AUGGCAGAGUCUGGGCAUAAACAGUCUGAUUUAAGUGAAUCAGUUUUAAAGAGUUCAGCAGAGGAUUUUGAUCACAAAUGUGUGCCUUGUCUAUCAUCUGAUAAACAAAUUGUUGAAGCAACUGGAUUUUGUGUGACAUGUCAGGAGUUUCUGUGCAGAGAAUGCUUCAAGUUUCAUAAAAAGACGAAAGCUCUUAAACAUCAUGAACUGCUUGAUGAAGGAAACAUACCGAGGGGCAGUCCUUCUUACACGAAGGAACAUAUUAGAUCUAUACCGGAGAUUUUCACACAGAGAUGUUCAAUGCAUAAGAAUGAAUUUAUUAAGUUUUUCUGUCCCAUGCACGAGACUGUUGGGUGUACAGUCUGCAUGACCAUUGGUCAUAAAACUUGCAAAAUAGAUUAUAUACCUGAAAACUGUACAGGAAUUGCAGAGAGUGUAGAAUAUAGCAACGUUAUACGGAAGUUGGACAAGAAAAUAAAAGAAACUGAUGCGGUUUUGAUAAAAGCAGGACAAAGGGACAAGUCUUUAGAUCUUCAAUAUGAUAACUUUAUCACUGAAGUAACAAAACAUCGAAAAAGAAUUGACAAUCGAUUAGAUGAACUUCAAGAGAAAGUAAUAGAAAUUGCAGGAAAAAGGAGAUCCCAGGACAAAAAAGCCCUUGAAGAAGUAAUUGGUAAUUGUAGUGACACUUCGAGUGAAGCCAAGAAAACGCAGAGCAGUUUGCAAGACAACAAGGCAUCAAAGCAGAAUAUACAACUGUAUAUAGAUAUUAAACAAGCUGAAUUAAAACUCAAAACAGAUGAUAUACACCUGGCUGAGCAAUCAUUAGAUAAAAUAAAUGUACAAUACAAGUUUCAACAUAAUGAGGACCUAGAAAAAAUGAUUGGUAACCUGAAUGCCUUUGGAAAAAUAAGUUUCCCGUCAAAACUUUCGAAUAAAGAAAUUUAUUCAAAUUGCCUGACAUAUGUUGAUAAAAUCAAUAUAAGUACUGAUUCAGACAAAAAUUUCUUCAAAUGUAAUGUCAUAGGAUGUGCUGUGCUUAGCUCCAACAAAAUUGUCCUGAUUGAUAGUUCCCACAAUCAGAAGCUGAAAGUUGUAGAUACAGAUGGUAAAACUGUGAUAGAGGAAAAAGUGAUGGACGCACCUCCAUCUGGAAUCACAGCAAUACCAAAUGAUCAGAUAGCUGUGAUAAUUCCAAAGAAGGAAGAAAUAUUGAUAAUGUCAGUGUCCAAUGAAAUUUCAUUGGUGCGAGAGUUUAAACUGAGGGAAGAGUGCCAUUUUAUUACAUAUUGUCAAGGUCAUCUCUAUGCUCUUUGCAAGAAUCCACAUUGCAUAUUAAAAGUUGAUAUGCAAGGUAAAGUGUUGAAAAAACUAGCUGAAAAUUGUGAAGUUUCUGUUAUAACAAAAUGCAUUAAAAGCAACAGAGAAGAAGACAUGCUGUAUUAUUUUAGUUCCACUAAAAACUUAAGUGGUGAUACUGACAGGAAAAUCGUUCGCAUGAAUUUGAAUGGAGAGGUUUCUGCUGAAUACAAAAUAACUAGUAAUAUUGAAGACAUGGUAGUAUUAGAUGAUGGAUCUCUGUUAGUAUGUGUUAAUUCAAGUCCUGACUUCUAUCGUAUAUCAGGGGAUUUGAAGGAAUGCCAUGCUGUAGAGACAGUUUCCACUGACACUUAUUCAAUCUGUUACAUUAGAAAUUUAAAGAAGAUUUAUACUGGCUCAUUCAGCAGUAACCUGUUGAAAGUUUAUUAUUUGAAGUUAUAA